UCGUUCUGAGCCUGAUUUUUCAAACCGUUUGCAAAGCGCGGCUCCAUUGUUCGCCGGGCGCGCAGGCUCCGCCCCCUGCUUUGUGUGCGGCGUGCCGAUUGGCCGGCGCGCGCGGGGGCCGCGUCAGCGCCCGCGAGCCCAUUCAUCUGUGCACUUGGGCGUUGGACCCCGCAUCUUAUUAGCAACCAGGGAGAUUUCUCCAUUUUCCUCUUGUCUACAGUGCGGCUACAAAUCUGGGAUUUUUUUAUUACUUGUUUUUUUUUCCUUAAGAAAAAAACUACACUUGGGCUUCUUUUUUGUGCUCUACUUUUCCAUCUUUCCUCCUUCCUCCUGCGCUGCUGCUGCUGCCUCUUGAUCUCUUCAACUAGAAUUUUUUUUUUUGAAUCCGGAGUAUAUUUAAUCGGUUCUAUUCUGUCCUCACCACCCCCACCCCCCUCCCUCCGGUGAGUGUGCCGCUGCCGCUGUUGCUGCUGCCGCUGCCGCCACUGCUCGCCCCGUCGUUACACCAACCCAAGGCUCUUUGUCUCUCCUCUUGGAUCGGUUGAGUUUCUUUGUUGAAGAAGCCAGCAUGGGUGCCCAGUUCUCCAAGACCGCAGCAAAGGGAGAAGCCGCCGCGGAGAGGCCUGGGGAGGCGGCUGUGGCCUCGUCGCCUUCCAAAGCAAACGGACAGGAGAACGGCCACGUGAAAGUGAACGGGGACGCGUCGCCCGCGGCUGCCGAACCAGGCGCCAAGGAGGAGCUGCAGGCCAAUGGCAGCGCCCCGGCUGCCGACAAGGAGGAGCCCGCGGCCUCGGGGAGCGGAGCGGCGUCCCCCACCGCCGGGCCCGAGAAAGACGAGGCAGCCGCCGCCAGCCCCGAGCCCGGGGCCGGCAGUGCUGAAAAGGAGGCCCCCGAGGGCGAGGCCGCCGAGCCCGGGUCGCCCACAGCCGCCGAAGGCGAGGCCGCUUCGGCCGGCUCCUCCACGUCUUCGCCCAAGGCCGAGGAUGGCGCCACGCCCUCGCCCAGCAGUGAGACCCCGAAAAAAAAAAAGAAGCGCUUCUCCUUUAAGAAGUCCUUCAAGCUGAGCGGCUUCUCGUUCAAGAAGAACAAGAAGGAGGCGGCCGAGGGCGCCGAAGCCGAGGGUGCUGACGGCGGCAAGGACGAGGCUUCCGGGGGCGCCGCGGCAGCCACGGGGGAAGCGAGCGCCGCCCCCGGGGAGCAGGCGGCGGCAGCGGCGGGCGACGAGGCGGCGGCGGGCGACGACGGGGCGGCGGGCGGAGACCCGCUGGAGGCCAAGCCCGAUGAGGCCGCUGUCGCACCCGAGAAGCCGUCGGUCGUCGAGGAGCCCCAGGCCGCCGAGGAGCCCCCCAAGGCCGAGGAGAAGCCGGCGGAGGAGGGCGAUGCGCCCACCGCGCCCCCGGCCGAGCAGGAGGCUGUGCCAGGCGAGGAGCCCACGGCCCCCGCGUCGUCUGUCUGCGCAGCCGCAGUCGCCGCCUCGCCAGAGGCGCAGCCCGAGUGCAGUCCGGAGGCCCCUCCAGCGGAGGCGGCAGAGUAGAGGGCUGGUACUGCCGAUCACCCACGAACGAACUUUUCUUCCCCGCCCCCCCCUACCCCGUUGGUUUGUUGGAGUGGUGCCAGGUACUGGUUUUGGAGAACUUGUCUACAACCAGGGAUUGAUUUUUAUAGCUGUCUUUUUUUUUCUGUUUUCUUUUAUUUCUAAAGCAGCAAAUUUUUAUUUUUUUUUUGUUAUCCCUCAUCCUUUCCCCCACAGAUCCCAUCUCAAAUCAUUCUGUUCUCACCAUUCCAACAGGUCGAGGAGAAUUUAAAACAUCUUCCUCCGCCUUUUUUUCUCUUUUCUUUCUUUAAAAUAAUUUUUUUGCAUCAGUAUUAAUGUUUUUUGCAUACUUUGCAUCUUUAUUCAAAAAUGUAAACUUUCUUUGUCAAUCUAUGGACGUGCCCAUAUAUGAAGGAGAUGGGUGGGUCAAAAAGGGAUAUCAAAUGAAGUGAUUGAUCAGCCCCAAUGGGGGAAGCAGUGGCACCUGGCUUGGGCCAAGGAGAUGUGUCACUAGAAUUGAUGGUGUAAGGUGUAAAGGCUGUCUUUUGUUUUGUUUUGUUUUUAAAGAAAAGUUAUUACGAUGAUGUAUUUUGUGAGGCAGGUUUACAACACUACAAGUCUUGACUAAGAAGGAAAGGAAGGAAAAAAAAAACUACCAAUACCCAGAUUUAAAAACAAAAAAAGAAGAUCAUAGUCUUAGGAGGUCAUUUAAACCAUAGGGACUUUUCACUUAUCUCCUGUUAGCUGUACCAGUCAGUGAUAAAAGUAGAACUACAAGUUGUAUAGGCUUUAUUGUUUAUUACUGGUUUAUGACCUUAAUAAAGUGUAAUUAUGUAUUACCAGCAGGGUGUUUUUAACUGUGACUAUUGUAUAAAACAAAUCUCGAUAUCCAGAAGCACAUGAAGUUUCAACUUUCCACCCUGCCCAUUUUUGUAAAACUGCAGUCAUCUUGGACCUUUUACACACACACACACACACACACACACACACACACACACACCCCACACAAAUUUUAAACUCAACCAAGCUGUGAUAAGUGGAAUGGUUACUGUUUAUACUGUGGUAUGUUUUUGAUUACAGCAGACAAUGCUUUCUUUUCCAGUUGUCUUUGAGAAUAAAGGAGGAAAAAAAAUCUUGAGAUGCAAUGGUUUUGUGUCGCAUCUUGUCUAUCACGUUUUGUAAAUACUGGAGAAGCUUUGACCAAUUUGACUUACAGAUGGAAUGUAACUUUGCUUACAAAAAUUGCUAUUAAACUCCUGCUUAAGGUGUUCUAAUUUUCUGUGAGCACACUAAAAGCGAAAAAUAAAUGUGAAUAAAAUGUACAAAUCUGUUGUGUUUCUUUAUGUUCUGCUGAUACUGAGACUUAAGUUAGUUUUUUUAGGAAGAUCUUGCAUGCCAUCAAAAAUAAAUUUGGUUGUGAUACUGAAUCUGUUUUCAAGCUCCGAAGUCCAAAAUCCAUGGUAUCAGAUAUACAUGUAUAGGAAGGUCUUAGAACAUACUAUGUCAAGUCUGUUACUGUUUAUCUGCUUCUAGUUUUCACUUAGAAAUUGAACAUAAUGAUUUUUACUGUAGUUACGUAGCAUGUCACGUUGAGUCACUUAGGUCAGAAGUGCUGUGACCCUAAGACUAUUAAACGUCUUAUAAGACUUUUUCAAUUUUCUUGUCAUGCUAUCCCAGAACCCGAAAGUUUUAUAUGACUGUGAGUCUGGAAUCCAAACUACACAUGGGUCACGGAAAGUGGCCUAAUGUGUUUCCAAGAUGAAUGGUGUGUUACCUGCUAUUGUUAAUGCUUAAAACAUGGCUAAUUUCCAAAUUAGUGCUUUAAUGAUGUGUAAUACCUUAAGAAAACAGGCAUAUAUAUAUAUAUGUGUGUAUAUAUAUAUAUACAUAUAUAACAAAGUAAUGAUGUUAAAUGGACAAUAUUGUCAGUUGAUGGGCCAUUAGUUUAGUUGCAACCUUUUUUUAAAAAAAAUGUAUUAGCGUUUUCAUUCAUAGGUAGAAUAAUCCUUAUGUGUUAAUAAUCUUUACUAGUUUAUCUCCUCAGCUCUUUUCUACUCCCUAACUGGACUUUUUCCUUCAUUGGACCCUAAACUGAUUGCAUUUAAGGUCUGUAUCAAAUACCACUGAUUAAUGAAGUGGAAAGCUGUCCAUGCAAUCCUCUUGGCUGGUUCUGGAUCAGUAGAGGCUGCAUGCUGAGUCAGUGAACAUUUGUAGCACCUGGAUGCCACAACUGACAGUCUUUAGAAAAAUAACAACUUAUCUUUCUUGAUGUGUUUUUUUUUUCCCUUGAAAUAAUGGAUAAGAAAGUAAAUGCUUCGUGGUCUCUCUUUCCUAACAACCUUACCACUAAUAAAUAGAAUAACAUUUGGAAGGGUAUGUUCUCCAUCUUGUUUCUUGAUGUUUGAAAGCAAAUCUGGUAACCAAAGGACUGAUUUGUGGGUCUUGCCCACCUUAACCAACUUUUUCUUAAAUACCUAGUUGGCCAAGUACGGUGCCUGGUAUAUAAUAUAGUAGGUAGGACUCGGUAAAAGAUACGGAUUAAGAAAAAAAAAAAGUAACUCCCAAAGUGAGUGGUCAAAAAUACUGUGUAGAAAACGAUAUAUAUAUAUUGUUAGGUUUGUUCUUUUUAACAGCUGGGAGUUUAUGGAGAUACAUUAUUUUAACUUAAUCACUGCCUAGAACACUGGGGGUGAUCUUAAUAGAGUGGUGGCUUUUUCUCCAAGUAAUGAAAUGAAAUUUGACAUAUCUUUUCAUCCAAAGUUUUGUACAUCAUGUUGUUUUCUAAUGGAAAAAAUGUUAAUAUGGCUUUUUUGUACUACUAAACAUAGCUUUGAGAGUAAGGAAAAAUAAAUAACUCUUGUACAGUUCA